ACUUAAAUCUAACGUACAUAAUGUACAUGCAGGUCCCCGAACUACUAUAGUAUCUGGUGGAGAGGUACAUGUAGAGCAAGGCAGUACACUUAACCUGACAUGCCUAGUGGAGAAUUCAAAGCUUAAACCACAUUAUCUUCUCUGGUUCUUCAAAAAUCAGACAAUAGACUACACCUCUGCUCGGGGUGGAAUAUCUGUGGUCAACUCCGAAGUGGAGGAGUGGAAGGAGGAGGACGACGAGUGGAUGGACAACCAGGAGAAAAUGGAGAACAAGGACGUUAAUGUCAAGUAUACAGGGUUUAAAAGUACUCUUUUGAUUCACAAGGUGGGUUCUGGUGACCAGGGUCGGUACAUGUGCAGACCAUCUAACUCAGAGCCAGCCCCUGUUAUGGUUUAUGUGGCGGAAGACUCGAGUAUGAACCUGAAGGUAAAGGGUGGGAAUGCUCAGUUAACUGACUCUGCCACUGUUCCUACAUCAACAUGGAUUCUGGAAUUCAUGCUCAUUAUCUCUCACAUCUAUCUGUGUUUUAUUAAAUUAGGUAAAGCAAAGUUGUUCAAGGUAUUCUAGGGGCUAGAGAAGCAU